AUGGCGGGACCUGGGGGCUGGAGAGACAAGGAGAUCACGGAUCUGGGCCACUUGCCGGAUCCAACUGGAAUAUUCUCACUCGAUAAGACCAUUGGCCUUGGUACUUAUGGAAGAAUCUAUUUGGGACUUCAUGAAAAGACUGGUGCACUUACGGCUGUUAAAGUGAUGAAUGCUCGUAAGACUCCUUUACCUGAAAUAGGAAGACGGGUGAGAGUGAAUAAAUAUCAAAAGUCCGUUGGCUGGAGAUACAGUGAUGAGGAAGAAGAUCUCAGGACUGAACUCAACCUUCUGAGGAAAUACUCUUUCCACAAAAACAUUGUGUCUUUCUAUGGUGCAUUUUUCAAGUUGAGUCCCCCUGGCCACAGACACCAACUUUGGAUGGUGAUGGAGUUAUGUGCAGCAGGCUCAGUCACUGAUGUUGUGAGAAUGACUAGAAAUCAGAGUUUAAAAGAAGAUUGGAUUGCUUAUAUCUGCCGAGAAAUCCUUCAGGGUUUAGCUCACCUUCAUGAACACCGAGUAAUUCACCGGGACAUCAAAGGUCAGAAUGUGCUUCUGACUCAUAAUGCUGAAGUAAAACUGGUGGAUUUUGGAGUGAGUGCCCAGGUGAGCAGAACUAAUGGAAGGAGAAACAGCUUUAUUGGGACACCAUACUGGAUGGCACCAGAGGUGAUUAACUGUGAUGAGGACCCAAGAUGCUCCUAUGAUUACAGAAGUGAUGUGUGGUCCGUGGGAAUCACUGCUAUUGAAAUGGCUGAAGGGGCUCCUCCUCUGUGUAAUCUUCAGCCCUUGGAAGCCCUCUUCGUUAUUUUACGGGAAUCUGCUCCUACAGUCAAGUCCGGUGGAUGGUCUCGAAAGUUCCACAAUUUUAUGGAAAAGUGCAUGAUAAAGAACUUCUUGUUUCGUCCUACCUCUGCAAACAUGCUUGUUCACCCAUUUGUUCAGGAUAUAAAAAAUGAACAACAUGUUGUUGAGUCAUUAACAAAACAUCUUACUGGAAUCAUUAAAAAAAGACAGAAAAAAGGUAUACCUCUGGUCUUUGAAAGAGAAGAAGCAAUUAAGGAGCAGUAUACCAAGAGAAGAUUCAGAGGACCCUCUUGCACACGUGAGCUUCUGAGAUUGCCAACAAGCAGCCGAUGCAGACCACUUAGAGUACUGCAUGGAGAGCCCUCUCAGCCAAGGUGGCUUCCUGAUCAAGAAGAGACACAGGUCCAGGCACUUCAGCACCUACAUGGAGCAGCUAGGGUGUUUAUGCCACUACAGGCUCAGGAAAAUACACAUAGGCCUCUAGAAGGGCAGGCCCAGGCACCUCAGCGACUACAUGGGGCAGCUCAGGUGUUCAUGCCACUACAGGCUCAGGUUAAGGCUAAGGCAUCUAGGCCUCUGCGCAUGCAGAUUAAGGCACCUCCCAGACUAUGGAGGGCAGCCCGGAUGCUCUUGCCGCUACAGUCUCAGGGUAAGAUACUUAGGCCUCUACAGGUACGGGCCUCAGUACUUAAAAUGCAGCAAUCUCAGGGUCAGGCACAGACCCAGGAAUUAAAACAACCACAAGACCUAGACCAGGUGCCAGAGGAAUUUCAAGGGCAAGGUCAGGUACCUGAACAAGUACAAAGACAAGGCCAGGCUGCUGAACAACAACAGAGACAGGACCAGGUUCCUGAACAGCAUCUGGAGCAGAACCAGGAACCUGAACAGCCAGAGGUACAGGAGCAGGCAGAGCCUGCACAAGUAGAGACAGAGGCAGAAGAACCUGAGUCAUUAAGGAUACAUGCCCAGGUGUUCCUGCCCCUACUGUCACAGAGCCACCACGUGCUGUUGCCACUACAUUUGGAUACUCAGGUGCUCAUUCCAGUAGGAAGGCCAACCGAAGGGACACCUCAGGCACACUCCUGGACACUAGAGCCCUCACAGGCAGUUAGCGCAGUUCAAGAACUGAUAGAUGGACUAUCAACACACCUGCUUAGAGCACCAAACUCACAUAACUCAAAGCCACUUGGUCUACUGCAAACCCUGAUGGAAAACCUGUCAUCAGACGUGUUUUACUCUCAACCAGAAGAGUCAGGGAAAAAAAAAUCCAGGGUUUCUAGUCUAAGGCAAGCACUUGCAAAAAGAUUGUCACCAAAGAGGUUUAGGGCAAAGUCAUCACCCGAGGAGCUUGAAUGUUCAUAUGUAGAAGCCCGGAGGCACAGGCGCCGACGCAGAUUGGAAGGCAUCUUAAACGAGCAUGAGGAGAAUUUGAGCCAAUUUGAAAUUGACAAAGAUGAAGAAUCAUCGGACAAUGAUGAAGUAUUUCAUCCAAUUCAGGCAGAAGUCCGAGUAGAACAAAUGCAGCCAAACAUUCCAAAUCCUGUAGAAAAUGAGAUUCAAGACAGACCUGCUUCCAUGCCUCACAAACAGGAAUGUACACGUCAUGUCAAGUUCUUUUCAAGUGUUCCUCAGCAGUCUCCUGUGGAACAAGCUCAGAAGCCCAUUGACAUCAGACAAAGGAGCUUGCAAAAUCCUCAGAACUUUCAAGCAUCAUCAGAAUCUUCUGAAGAGGAGAGACCUGUGACUGGGAGGAGAUCCCAGUCAUCACCACCUUAUUCUACUAUUGAUCAGAAGUUGCUGGUUGAUAUCCAUGUUCCAGAUGGAUUUAAAGUAGGAAAAAUAUCACCUCCUGUAUACUUGACAAAUGAAUGGCCAGGCUGUAACUCAGGUUCUGAAGUCUUCUGGAAUGAAUGGCUAACUCCUACACCUGUCAUUCAGCCACCUAAGGAGGAUGGUGAUUAUGUUGAACUCUAUGAUGCUGGUGCUGCUGCUGCUGGUAACGAUGGUGUUUCUAAUGGUGCUUAUGAAGAUACCUAUGACCAUUCAAAUGGCAAUGACGACUUGGAUUACCAGGUUGCUCAGGAAAAUUAUGUCUGUGAAGACCAAGAUGUUAUUGACAACAUUGACAAUUCUGUUGAUGGCAACGAUACUAAUUGUGUUUAUGCUCCUAGUUGUUCAAGGGCAAGCUGUGAUAAAGAUGGAAACUGCAAGCAAGAUGGCAGUGACGAAAAAGAAGACACUAGCAGAGGCUGUAGCAGUGGAAGCCAGGGAAGAAUGACAGCCAGUGGAGGCAGUGGAGCCAUUGGCUGUCAGGAAAGACAUGGAGGUGAUAUAGACAGUGGAAAAGGUAACAGGAGUAAUAGAAAUAAGGAAGCCAGUGGCAACGAUGAAGAGAAUAGAGUGUUUGGAUUCUAUGGAGAAAAGCAGUCAGACACAGAUGGGCCAGAACUGAAGAGACCCAUAAUCCAUGAGUUUGAACAUCAAGCAGAGGAGCUAAAUAGUGAGAGUGAAGUCUCAAACUCUAUUGUCUCAGAUGCUACACUCCCUGAAAUGGAUGAUGGGGAUGGUGAUAUAGACACAUCACAAUCAUCAACACAGUCAGAUUUUUUUGCCAGUAAUUCAUCUCCUUCCAAAGGUUCUGGGGUAGCUGCUAAUGCUGACUUUGCCUGUGCCAUCUUUUAUGCUGGAUUCAUGGAAGUCCCUGAAAAAUCAACUGAGAGAAGUUUUGAAGUCAAUGUUAAUCCACCCUGUGUCUCUUCUGCAUGUAAAAAACCACUAAUCCACAUGUAUGAAAAAGAAUUCACUUCUGAGAUCUAUUGUGGUUCUUUGUGGGGGGUCAAUUUGCUGCUGGGAACCAGAUCGAAUCUGUGCCUAUUGGACAGAAGUGGAAAGGCAAACAUUACUAAACUUAUAAAGCGAAGACCAUUCCGCCAGAUUCAAGUCGUAGAGACACUCAAUUUGCUGAUUACCAUCUCUGGUCAUAAGAACAGACUUCGGGUGUAUCAUUUGACUUGGCUGAGGAACAAGAUUUUGAAUAAUGAUCCACAAAGUAAAAGAAGGCAACAAGAAAUGCUGAAGACAGAGGAAGCUUACAGAGCUAUUGAUAAGUUGACUGGAUGUGAACACUUCAGUGUCCUCCAACAUGAAGAAACAACAUAUAUAGCAAUUGCUUUGAAAUCAUCAGUUCACCUUUACGCAUGGACAUCAAAGUCCUUUGAUGAAGGCACUGCUAUUAAACAAGUAUGCUUGGAUCAAUCAGUAGACUCUAAAGGACACUACAUGUUUUAUGAAGGAUAUAAACAAGUAUUGGCAAAAACACAAGCAGCUGAUCCAGAUGAGCUUCUUCAUUUGCUGAAGCUCAAGGUAUUUCCAACUCUUGAUCAUAAGCCAGUGACAGUUGACCUGACUAUUGAUUCUGAGAAGAGAUUAAAGAUUUUCUUUAGCUCAGAAAAUGGAUAUCACAUCAUCGAUGCAGAAUCUGAAGUUGUGUCUGAUGUGAUCCUACCACGUAAUCCCCUUGAAAUCAUUGUACCAUAGAAUAUCAUCAUUUUACCUGAUGGCUUGGGAAUUGGCAUGAUGCUCACCUUCAACGCUGAAGCUCUCUCUGUGGAAGCAAAUGAACAACUUUUCAAGAAAAUCCUUGAAGUGUGGAAAGACAUACCAUCUUCUGUAGCUUUUGAAUGUACACAACGGACCACAGGAUGGGACCAAAAGGCCAUUGAAGUGCGCUCUUUGCAAUCAAAGGUUCUGGAAAGUGAGCUGAAGGCCAGGUCAAUCAAGAAGCUGAGAUUUCUGUGUACCCGAGGUGACAAGCUCUUCUUUACUUCUACCCUGCACAAUCACCACAGCCGGGUUUAUUUUAUGACCCUUGGAAGACUCGAAGAGCUCCAAAGCAAUUGUUCUGUUUAA